CUGGCUGAGACGAAGCGGCGGCACGUGCAGCACAACUCCGCGCAUGCGCCGCCAUGGCCGGCAACGGUUGGGAGCGGCGUGUGCUGCCCGUGUGCGUGGGAGCGGCGCUGGGGGGCGCGCUCGCUCUGGAGGUCCUCGCGUUGCUGGUGGUUCGGCGGCAGCGCGGAAGCGGCGACGGGCACGAAAGCGAGGCCCGUAGUCCGGAGUCGCUCCCGUUUCUACCGCUGGCGUCACUGCUGUUCCUGCUCGGGAACGUGCUCGAGAACGCGCGCCGUUUUGUCACCGCCUCACCCAGCACGCGUGGCGUCAUGCUGGCGGGGGCGGGGCAAGGAUGGGACUACUGCUAUUCCUGCCAGUCUCACGUGCCUCCCCGCUGCGGGCACUGCUUCUCCUGCAACGUCUGUGUCCUGCGGCGUGACCACCAUUGCACGCUGCUCGGCCAGUGCUUGGGAUACCAGAACUACCGCUACUUCCUCUGCCUGCUGCUUCAUGGCUCUGUUGCCCUGCUGUACGGCUGCCUGCUCAAUGCCGAGGUGGUCCUGUCGCUGCUCCAGGAGGGCACCGCCAUCCAGGCGGUCCUCCUCCUCGUUCUGCCCUGGCUUAUGCUACUGAUGGGGCAAGUGAACAUCUCACUCUUCAUAUACGCCUUUGUGACUGAUGUCUGUGUUGUGGGAUUCCUCUUCUGCACUGGCUUCCUGCUCUUUCACGGCCUGCUGGCCCUUCGUGGACAGACGACCAAAGAAUGGUUUGAAGAAGAUCGCCAGUAUGACUUGGGCUGGCAGGGCAAUCUUCGGGACGUGCUGGGGGAGCGAUGGCUCUUUGUGUGGCUCGUGCCUUUCAUUGCUUCCCCUUUGCCAGGGGACGGGAUCACCUUCCAAACUAAGUGCCCCAGAACUGAGCCUCUCCCCAAAUCCCGUGACCUCUAAAGGUUUCCAUUCUGUAUUGUAACGGGGUCAAGUCCCUGUGUGGGGAGAGUGGUCAGCUGUUCCUCUGCUCAAAAGCAGAUGACCUGGGAGACAACUUCUCAGUGUUUUGCUUCUCUGUCAUCAAGAGUUUUUUGCUUUUGGGAUGCUGAUGACAUACACUCCCACACAAUUUGUUGGCUUUUUGCACAGCGGGGAUGCUCCCUCCCCCCCCCCCGAAAUGAUUCACUUCAGUGGUCUGGAAGAAGGAAGCUGACAUGGGGUUUGGCCACUCUGCUGGGCUAAGCCAGUCAGCAUCUGAUGGCUGAUGUUGUUGGAACUAAAUGUCUCUGCUGUCUUUUGGAUCUCUGGUGCUUUUCUACCAGCUCACUUCACUCCACCACUGUGAAAUGUCACACCCUCUUAUUCUUAGGCUGGAAGGUACAGGCAGAAGCUAAGAAAAACUGGCCAGAAAUUGCAGUGGAGACACCAACUUUUUAGUGGGCACAGGAGCUUUGCUUGUCCUUCCUUUUCCUUGCCCCCUCCACGGCAUUUGUGAGCUUGAUCUCAUGGGCAUAGAGAAAAUGCUUCAUGGAAAAGCAAACAAGAGGUGAGAUUCUGUGGAACAUGAUGAAGGAAUUCUGGCAAUAUUUAUCCUUUUCCUUUAGAAUCCUGCCAGCUGCCUCACAAUACCCAGGAUCCUUCCGCAUGUGGCCUCUAAGCAAUCCCUUUGUGCUUUGGCCAUGUUGCCCAUUGAACCCUUACAAAAAUGUUGUCUGUUCCUGCUGCCUGGAGACAAGGUCUGCACUGCUAAGAUGAGGUGGGUGGAUCAGGGAAGCAGGAGUCCUGGCCUAGUGUCUUGCUCUCUGGGAUACAUUUCUGAUAACAUAGUACGUAUGAAAUUGCUUGAUUCAGAGUCAGAUUGUUUGCUUAUCUGGCCUACUGUGACGGGCAGUGGCUCUUACCAGCCCAGCUCCAUGGAUCCUUCAACUAUAGGUGCCAGGGAUGGAACUUGGGCCCUUAUACAUGCACAGCAGGAGCUCUGUAGCACUGAGUUGCUGUAUCUCUGGUGAGGCAAAGUGAGAUGUCGGCAUCCUUUUUAGGAGGGUGGUUGGAGACUUAUGGUACCUCCAACUAUUUAGAAGUGUCUGUGUUGAUAAGGUAUUACAGACAGACACAGUGCUAGCCGUCCUGUGGAUCCAUUCAGCUUCCCCGACUAGUAAGAGGGACAGCAAAGUAAACGUUUCCAGAAAAAUCUCUUGGCAGCUCCCCAAGACAAGUCCAGAGAAUGUUGUUAGCCCACACUCCUUGUGGUUGCUUUUGACUUCUAGGCGCAUCAGCUGCCAGUGGCAACAAACCCACAAACUGGGAGGCGAGAGGCUUGGCAACAGUUCUGGGCUCUUGCGACAUCUAUUUUCCUCGUGGCCAUGACUAACAUUGGUCCCGGAGAAGUCAGUUUUAAUUCCUCUUUAGCCUUGAACACCAGGGGUUAGUUUUGGGCAAGCUGCUGUCCUUUUCUGUUUCAGCUUUUCAUCUGACAUCUUGAUCUGCCUUUAGAUGUACAUUAAAAAUGCUAUUUUAAAAUGA